GUAAAUUCCAUAAGAGAUGUUUGGUUGACCGUAAUUGCCAAUCCCUUCCGGAUCUAUUCCGCGAAGAAUAACAUUUCCCAUGUUUGUUUACAUCCGGAAUAGGAAUGGCAUUUCGAAUUGGUCCUCUCAUCCUCCAUAGGGAGAGCAUGGCCAUUACCCACUUCAUCACCCUCCAUAGCAAUUUCCAUUGGGAGUAAACGAGCACAAUCACCAUCUUGCCCUUAGCCCAGCUCCUCCACUGCUACCGACACCGUUGCUCCGCCCCUUCAUCACCACGGUCGAUGCUGCCUCUCCAACUCCACCUCCGACGGCGGCUUCCAUCAUUCCCAAUGGGUCUCAAGGUCACGAAGUCAGACUUGACCUCGGAGAAGCCAGAUUCGACCUAGGAGACCGAGAUCGGGGUGGGAUAUGGUUCGGCCGUGAACCGGGGCUCGCGAUCUCAGGCCCGACCUUUACCCAGGACUUGAGAGAGACACGGGUGGGUCGGGAUCUCAGGCCUGGCCCCAACCCAUGGUUCUCGUGCACUGGCUUGGUUGAGGCGAGGAUCAUGAGAGCUCAAACUAGAGAAAAAAAGACAAGCCCAUGGCUCCCGAGCUUGGGUUCACCUAGAUCAGUGGCUCACGACCUCGGGGUCGGGUUCGCGAGCCUAGGGCGAUCUCACCCAUGGGGCUCGUAGGUUGCCUCCCACCGCCUUGGUCAUGGAGACCUCAGUUCUUCAUAGAAGCAGAAGCAUGGCUUCUUCUGAUCAUGAUCUCUCGGUUAUCCUGAAGCCGAACGAGAUCCUUACCGUCGAGAUCAUCAAUGACCAGAUCAUCCCUUUCCUUCUCACUCAUUUCUCCGACCUCCGGAGCUCCAUCCCUCGACAGACUACCCUUGCUCUCCCCGCUCCCGACUCCACCAGCUCGAAGAGUGCAGUACUUGACCCCCAAGUCACCUCGAAUCCCACUGACAGUCCCAGGUUAAAGAGCAAGAAUAGACCCAAGGCCAAGACCAAGCACAAGAAAAAUGGCCACCGCAACAGCAGUAACAAGAGCAACAGUGGCCAGCAGGAUGUUCUGAAGGACGAGGCUCAGCUGUGUGAGCAGAUUGACCGGCUGCACAGGGACCUGAGCUACAUAAGGGAGGAGCUGGACCGGCUGAAGAGGAUCGAGGACAGCGUCGGCGGGCUGGUCCGAGAACUCGUGCAGUACAGCACUGAUAAUGCCUUCAUGGGCCUCAAAAAGGCUCAGGCCCAAGCCGAUGACCUGGACAGUGGCGGCGGAGGCAGUAGUGCGGUGUUGCAGCUGCAUGAGAUGCAAAUCAAGCUCUCUCUAGUCACUUACAUCAUCUCCAGGCUCAAGCUUCAGAUACCAUAUUCCCAUCGGAUCCUAUCAACAAGUUCCGACGCUCACAGGUAUGAGCAGGCGUUGGAUGAAAUGGUUGCUGACAGCAUGUUCGGCGGCAUGCCCAAACCACGAGUUGGCCCUGACUUGCUCUGGUCCUCUGCAUACAGAGACUUCUGCUCCGUCUAUCACUCGCUUGAUCUCCAGCUUAAGCUCUGUCUCCUCUGUUUUGCCGUGUUCCCGGAGCAAGCCGUGAUCAAGAAGCGGGUCAUGUCCUACUGGUGGAUUGGGGAAGGUUUGCUAGACCCCGCAGUUAAGAAGCAAAAGACCACCGCUGGUGAUGUCCUGGGGGAACUGGCCGCAAAAGACUUCAUUCAACCGAUCGUCAAGAAGCGUCGGUUGGGGGCUAAGAGCUAUAGAAUGCACCCAAUCGUUCGUUUUAUGGUGAUCAACCUUGCCAAGGAAGCCAACUUCUUCGACUUUGACUCCAAGGGCUACGCAACAGCUGACUUCUCGAAAUCCCACAGGGCCUGCCUGGUGAAAUCAGAACACGGAUCCUGGCAACAUGCCUUGGAGAACCCGGACAUAAACUUCGAUAAGCUGCAUACCCUAUUCAACGUGAAUGAGGCCUUCUUGGACUUCAAGUUGGAUUGGUUUUUGAGGAUGACGAACGUGAACGUUCUCUCGCUUGGGCGGUGGAAGGGCUCGCCCAAUCACCACAUUGAGGUCGAGGGAACCGAGUUCUUCAAGGGCCUGAGAGGGAUGAAACACCUGAAGUUCUUCAGUCUACAGGGGAUCUCAAGAAUCUUCGAACUUCCCGGUUCGAUUGGGGAGCUCUAUAAACUAAAGAUUCUUGACCUUAGAGCCUGCCACAAUCUUGAGUCCCUUCCUGAUAGCAUAUCCUCGCUUAAGGAGCUCACGAACUUAGAUGCUUCGGGGUGUUACCUCCUCGAUAGCCUUCCCAAGGGAAUUGGGUCUCUUUCGAAGCUUGAAGUGCUGAUGGGAUUCGUCAUAAAUGAUCGUAAACAAGGUAGUUCUUGUACUCUCAAUGAUUUGGUGAAACUGAGAAAGCUGAGGAAGUUGGGAAUUGUCACCAUGCGCAAAUCCUUCCCUCAACAAAAAGAACGAUGGUGGCUUCAAAGAUUGGGAGCCCUGAAGAAGUUAAAAAUAUCUUGGGGAGGAAAGUCUUUCUCGUCGACAUCUUCCAAGGAUGCGAGGACAAGCACUACACGAGAUCUCGGGCUACCGGAUGGGCUCGAGAAGCUUGAUCUUGAAUGCUAUCCUCUGGAGAACCCACCUGGCUGGCUUAGUCCGGGGAAGCUCAGGAAUUUGAAUGCCCUCUAUAUUAGAGGAGGGAAUCUCCAUUGUCUUUGUAAGGACCCAAAGGGAGAUGGAGAUCCCAAGUGGACGGUGAAGAUUCUCCGUCUCAAGUACUUGAACGAAUUCAGGAUGAACUGGAUCGAACUGAGAGACUCAUUCCCGAAACUUGUGUGCCUGCAGAAGAUCAAUUGCCCGAGGCUGACCCUGUUUCCCUGCGAUGAGACCGGGUUGUGGUUGAAUGAGGAACAGGAUGAAGCAAGUCGCUUUAAAAAGAAGGAUGACGGUGCUGUUGCAAGAUAAACAUACGAAGCUCAAUCCCUCGAAUAGGUCUUAUGAUUUUAAAGAACGUUCCAGCUCAUGUGAUAUUAUGAAUGUAUCCAUACUGAUGUUCCGUAAAUCGUGAAUCUUAUCUUGUGUAUUGUGAUGCCAAAGUUAAUCUGUGCCGAUGUAGUCGGCCAGACAUAAGCAAGAGUGGUCUGUGAUUUUUGUGCCUGUGCGUAUUUGAACGAUGGUAUUUUGUGUGUUAUAGCUUGUUCUGUAAUUAAAACUGAUGUAAUGCAUCAAAUCGCCAGCUAUUUAGAAAUACAUAAGAACGAGAAAAGUCUCCACUGAAA